AUGGCAAUAGGAGCAGACGUCCAGAUCGGCAGGUACGCUGCUCUUUCCGUCAAACCUGGUUACUACGUCCCUGCUUCUGCGAUGAAUUCAGACGAUCCCGCAGCAUUCGUGUGGAAAUGCUUCGGUAAUCACAGACGUUGCCCUGGUGGACCGCCUGGAGCGUGCAGCAGCAAUCGAGCGAACUCAAGUCUCGCGUGCACAGAGUGCGUCGACGGUUACGCGCCAGCUGAAGACGGCACGUGCAGCAAGUGUGACCCGACAGCCAAGUUCAUGGUUCCGGCGGCUUGCUCGGCGAUCGUCGAUGACGCCUCGGGCGAGCCGCCGCAGCCCCCAUUCUUCGAGGCAAUGUCCACGAGCCUUGUGCCGAAGUUUGAGCAAACCGCGGCGGAAACAGCCAUGGGAGCAUAA